AGCCUGUCCACCAGCUGAGUCUGCUCUACACACGAUGGGCAAGAAGUCGAACCAGGCGCGCUUCCCGCUCGCUCGCAUCAAGAAAAUGAUCCAGGCCGACGAAGAGGUCGGUAAGGUCGCCGCUGCCACCCCCAUCGUCGUCUGUGCGUCCCUGCUCUCUCUCUCGCCCAAGGCCCUCGAGCUCUUCCUCGCGAGCCUCGUCGACGCCUGCGUCAAGGACGCCGAGUCGCGCGGCAGCAAGAAGCUCACUCCGUACGGCCUCAAGCGCGCCGUCAACACGACCGCCAUGCUCGACUUCUGCGCCGACAUAGUCGAGUCGAUCCCGGACCCGCUCGACGGCGAGGAGGACGAGGCCGAGGGCACCAAGAAGAAGCGCAAGGCCGCCUCGUCGUCGUCGGCGGCGGCGCCCAAGAAGAAGGCGGUCAAGAAGGCCGACAGCGACGAGGACGAGGACGAGGACGACGAGGGCGACAGCGAGCAGGAGGACAAGAAGCCCAAGAAGCAGGCGACGUUCGCCGACUCGGACGACUACGAGGAGUGACGAGCCUCUGUCUCUCUCUCUCUUUGUGCAGGCCGUUGUUGUAACUCUGUCUCUCGCUUGAACUCGGUC